GAAUUGCACAGUAACAACUGUCAAAGUGCAAAGAAAAAGUUGUGACAAUACCAUCGAAGGCAACGUUUAUUGUUUACGCAAUUCGAUCCACAAAACAGGGACAAGGUGGCGGCUGGUAUUUUUCUCGAAAAGUUCGUAAAUAUGUGAAUCUCAGUGCGACCUGCCAAGGACGUAUAAUUGACUUUUGGGGAAGCAAUCGACCGCGAAACAGCAUCGUCACUGCGGCGGAUUCAUGCUUGGACCGUUCGCUUUGUCAGCGUCAUCACAAUAAUCUUCGUUUCGUUGUUCUGCGUCGUCAUUCUAGCUUCUAUUAGACCCGUUUUUCCAGCGGCGGCCACUCUUCUAUCGUUUGAUCUAGUUCUGUGCAAAGAUUGCGGUGUAUUUGUUGCCAACAGUCCAUCCGGGGACUCCACAGAAGUCAGUGAUCUAGACACGUUGCAGUCUCGUCCAGACAAUAAAGAUGCCGAUCCUGUACAGCGUGAUAUCGCGCGGCACCACUAUCCUCGCGAAAUUCGCCGAAUGUGUGGGUAAUUUCGCUGAGGUCACCGAACAAAUAAUCCGCAAAAUAUCGUCGGACAACCAUAAAUUAACGUACUCGCACGGGAAUUACUUGAUACAUUAUAUUAGCGAAAAUCGGAUAAUCUACAUGUGCAUUACGGACGAUGAGUUCGAGCGCGCCCGGGCAUUCCUGUUCUUAUCUGAUAUUAAACAGCGUUUCAUCGCCACGUACGGCCUACAAGUUGCGACGGCGAUUGCUUAUGCGAUGAACACAGAGUUCUCGUCGGUGCUAGCAACGCAAAUGACAUAUUUCAGCCAAUCGAAUGAAGUCGAUGCAAUUUCCAGAGUGCAUGGGCAAAUUGACGAGUUGAAGCAUAUUAUGGUGAAAAAUAUAGACAGUAUCAAAGACCGAGGUGAACGUUUGGAAUUGCUUGUGAACAAGACUGAAAAUCUACGAAAUUGCAGUGUAUCAUUCCGUAAACAAUCUCGAAACUUGGCGCGACAGAUGUUCUGGAAAAAUGUCCGAAUGUACGUUGUUGUUGGACUUAUAAUAAUUUUUGUAAUUUAUGUGAUCAUCAGUAUGGCCUGUGGUGGGCUGGCAUGGCAAUCGUGUAUUAAAAAGUAAGACUUAACGUGAAGUAGCCCCUUUGAAAGAUGAUUCUUUUUUAUUCCUAUCACACUUCAAUGUUCAAUGUUAAUUCGUUUACCAUGUUCUCGAUUUCGUGCUGGAUGUAGGGCACCGUUUAUAUGUAUUCAUUUCUCAUUAUUAUAUUAUCUAAUUAUUUUUGUUUGAAAAUAAUUUUAAGAUGUCAUUAUUGAUAGAAAACUGUACAUGCAUAGGAUAUUUAAAAGAGUAUAUGUGAAUAUAUAAUUUUUUCAUAAAUUUUUAACAACAAGGUUGAAACAUAAUUGCUGAAUAUAUUAGUAAACUACGAUAUAUUUUUUGAAGCUAAUCAAGGAAUUUACGACUCCAUAUAUGGUUUAAAGUCGGAUCAGUUGAUAGAUGAAUUGUGAUUAAAAGAAGACAUAUUAAACCACAAUAAAUAAUUUUAAAACAAA